UGUAAUUUUAUGAAAAAAAACUGAUUAGAUAAUAUUUUUUUACCAAUAACCUGAGAAGUCACCAUUAUUUACCCGAUUAUCUUAGCGAGAAGUUAUAUUUCUCUCCUUCGGUCCAUAUAAUAAUAAUAACAAAAUCCAUAGGUAAAUCAUGAAUAUGUGAAAGUUUUUCGUUAUAUUUAUUUUGCCCACCUAUCUUCGAGUUCAGGCGAGAUUCCAACCAUUUCCACUACUCAAUCACUGUAACUUUAAGAUUCACCAUUUUUUCGCUUUUCCCAGAAGUUUUUCAUGGAACUUUUAUCGGUUUUCCGGAAACCGUUAAAUUAUAUUGCGGCAAUUGGACAACUGAACGUCAGGAUACAUUCAAAUAUUGCGACACUUCAGAAAAUUAGUGCUAAAUUCAAAAUCUUAUUAAUUCAAUUAAGGCAAUUAUUCGUGUUGGUACCAAAAAAACUAUAUAUUUCGGUCGAGAAGGCUAUUAAAUACCUCGCAUAAUUAUGUAUAUUAUAAAAGUUCUCGGUUUAUAAUGUACUAUUAUAUUAUACAGGGUGUCCCGGAAUAUGUGGGCAUGCUUUCGGAUUUGUACAGGGAACGUUAAAAAAACAAGUUUCUAUAAAAAAAAAUCCAGAGGGCCCCUACGGAGAUACAGGACUCUAAAGGAACCACCUGAGAAUUUUUUUUUAAAUAACUUUUAGAAGACUAUGCAAUUUAAUUAUUUUCUCACACAAUGAACAGUACAUCAUUGCUCCUAAAAAGAACCGAUGAAAACAUUUUUAGCAUUUCCAUUGCCAGGGAUGGACUAGGUGGAGCACAAUAAUAGUAUUUUUUUUACUCUUUACAAUGAAGACACGAAAAUAAUGUAUUUAGGUAGCUUUAACCUUAAACUAAAAAAUACAUUCUUGAUUCAGAACGGUUUUCGAGGAAAAAAUAUGUUUAUUGAGUACAGAAGUAUAGAAAAUAGAAGAAUUAAUCAAGCAAACUAAGCGUUUAACGUGUCCCAUUUGCUAAUUUACUGAAGAUAUCGAAGGGAUUUAACCAAGGCUUAGCCGCCUUAAAAAAAUUUCCAUUGGAUAUUACGAAUACUAACAUCUUUUCUUGGCUAUCUAUCAUCAGACCAGGUUUUUAUUGGCUCGUUUGAACCUCCACUCCUCUAGGAAAUGAACAUUAAGAGACUGAAAACGUUGAAAACAUGUCAGCUCGUUUAAAUUCCAUGUUUCCACAUGUUCCCGGUGAAUCUUCAAUUAACAGAUCCAAACGAUUAGGAUAAUUAUCAUACACUGAAGCUGGUUAAUUUUUUUUGUCUAACCAGGAAGUUUCUUUCAGUACCUACUCCACGUAGCAAGGUUCCCAUAAUUUAUCCUAGUUUUCCAACACUACCAGUGACCUUACAUGUUCAUUUAAAAUGCCGUAUCAAUGUUUAAAGGCGCUUACUCCUUGUAACUAAUGAGUUUUUACCAGUUCACGGGAACUUGGCCUACAUUCUUUGCCUCAAUAAUUAAUUCCUGUUUCACGUAUCAAGUUUAAAAGCUCCACCCUUAAACAAUGUUUCGCCUUCGUACGCGACUAUUGAGUGCAUAACGUCUUACAUUAUUCCAAGUGUGGGCAGGCUUUCCAUUACUAGUUUUUUAGCAUAAUGGAAUCAUUAUUUGGAUAAAAAGUUUAGAAAUAUUGCGCUGUAAGUAUGCUAUUUUAAUUACUGGAAUUUUGUUGGAUUUUAUAUAAUUAUAUUAAACCUUAACUACAUUUCCAACACAUCAUUAAUCAGCAGGCAAAUGUAUACAAUGAGCGCAAAAAAUGUUUUAGCGUCACCUAUUGAAGCUAAGAAGAGAAAAUGUACAAUAAUCCCGGAACACCUUUACCACAUGGAAUGAUGGACAACAGCUAUCAAAUUCCUAAUCAGAAUAUAUAUUUUGAUGAUGGCAUGCAGUUUUACAGAACUAAAAAUCAAAAUACAAUUACAAAGGUGGCUCCUGUCCCUCCUCCAAAGUAUUCCAAUGCUGAAAAUAUGGAAAUGAUGGAAUCCAUUGACGAUAAGAGUGUGAAAAAAAGUGUAAUAUUUGAUAACGUGAAACCUAUUUUUGUUACCAUGAGGUUACUAGGCAUACUUCCAGUUGUUCGCCGUGGUUCAAUUUUCAUUAUUUCUACAAAAUGGAUUAUUUACUCCUUCCUACUAUUAUUAGCGGUUGCUGGUUUUAUUGGAUAUUUGAAAUAUUAUAAUAUAAAUGUAACAAGAACUGCUGAAGGACGGUUUGAAGAAGCAGUAAUAGAUUACCUCUUCACUGUGUAUCUGGUACCAAUAUUUGUUAACAUACUAGCCUUAUACGAAGCGAAAAAGCAAGCAAAUGUGCUGACUCAAAUGGUCUCUUUCGAACGUAUAUAUACUAGGAUGUUUAAAAAGCGAAUUGGAUUCGAUUUGGGCAGUAAGCCAUUGGUGAUGACGGUCGUUUUACUGAUAUUGGGAUGUGGUGUAAUGGUCAUUACCCACUUUUCAAUGGCAAACUUUAUCAUCUAUCAGGUGGUGCCAUAUUGCUAUAUAAACGUGAUAACUUUCAUUAUAGGUGGAGCCUGGUAUAUUUAUUGUGAUAUAAUAGGGAACAUUGCUACAUGCCUGGCUGAAGAAUUCCAGUUUGCUUUACGCAACAUUGAAUACUCCAAUCGAGUAUGUGAUUACAGAUCACUGUGGAUGAUCCUGAGUAAAAUAAUCAGGAACGUGGGAAAUUCAUUUGGGUACACCCUAACUUUCCUCUGUCUGUAUUUGUUUUUCGUCAUAACUUUAACAGUUUAUGGAUUACUGUCUCAGAUUCAAGAGGGAAUGGGCGUUAAGGAUAUUGGUCUCACAAUAACUGGAGUUUCAGCAACUCUAAUGUUAUAUUUUAUUUGUGAUGAAGCUCAUUAUGCAUCCACUUGUGUCCGGACAUACUUCCAGAAAAAAAUUCUGCUUGUUGAACUUUCAUUUAUGAACGAGGACGCACAGCAAGAAAUAAGCAUGUUCUUACGAGCAACAGAAAUGAAUCCUACCGACAUGUGUUUGUGUGGUUUUUUCGAUGUCAAUAGGAAUUUGUUUAAAUCGUUAUUGGCGACAAUGGUAACUUAUUUAGUGGUUUUGCUACAAUUCCAAAUCAGCAUACCUUCUUCGGGUGAUGACGUAACAAACAACACAACAAAUACUACUCCAAGUGCUCCUAAAUAAGCGUAAUUUUUGCUUUUCUAUAAAAAUAUAAUAAGAAAGUUUACACAAUAUGAUAUAUAAAUAUUCUAUUUUGUUAAAAAACCAUUGUAUUCAAAUACUUUUUGUGGAAAAAGUAAUCUGCAAUUGAACAUUAAGGGUUACUCUUUGAAAAGAUCACUAUUUCAUUCAAGUCAGAAAUUCUAUUCAUGACCCAAAUUUAAAUAAAUGUUUUUUAUCCCGAAAUUAAACGUUAAAGCAAACACGGUUACGAAACUAGCAUGCAAAGAAUUAGUUGUUUAUUAUAUGAAACUUAACACAUAUCGAGAUUUGUACCUACUUUCAUCAGGAACCUUUGACUGCUCUGAUAAUGCGGAGUUUCAUUGUUUCAUUUAUGUAUAUAACUCUAAAGUGGCUAUUUUGAUCGCACUUUUUUAUCUUGAAAGUAGAAAAGUCGGCUAUCAGAUGCUUAGGAAUUAUUAGUCCUGGUUAGCAAUCAGAGCUGUUUCUUAAAUAAAGUGUUUUUGAAAAAUUUUA